UGCGGAACCAGCUCAGCCAUGACAUUCCUCCGCAGGUUGCAAUGGAACGACUCCUCCGUUCUAAUCCACCCCCCGGGGUUCUACAUCAUCGGCUUCACCUCCCUGCCCUUCGCCAACCUCUACUUCAUCUUCCUCGCUUUCGUUUACGUGGUGUCGGUUGUGUUCAACACAUUUGUGAUCUAUAUAAUAACGGUGGACCUUCGCCUCCACAAUCCCAAGUAUGUGGCGGUUGGUAACCUAGCGGUGGUUGAUCUGGUGCUGAAUACUUGCAUUAUUCCCGGUAUGCUAAAGGCGUUUCUUGCUAAAAACAAUUUUGUGCCGUUUAAUCUGUGUAUGGUACAGAUGUAUGUGUAUUAUUCCUUCAUAAGUAUGGAAUCGUUCUCCAUCGCCGUGCUCGCCUAUGACCGUAUGAUCGCCAUAUGUUUCCCUCUGAGGCACGGCUCCAUCAACACCAUGACGAGUAUGUCGUGUAUUCUUGGUGUCAUCUGGUGCUUCUGUCUUGGUAUACCGAUAUUCAGCACAUCCAUUAUGACCAGACUGUCCUACUGCGAUUCCGUUAACGUCUACAGCUAUUUCUGUGAUUACGCACCAGUGUUUCGGCUGGCAUGUAACGACAACACUCUGCAAUGGGCUGUGGCUUCAGUUCUGAGCCUGGUUAUCCUCCUCGGCCCACUGUCCUUCAUCAUUCUGUCAUACAUGAGUAUUCUAAUCGCUGUGUUCAGGAUGAAAAGCGUUGAGAGUCGUGUGAAAGCGCUGGCCACCUGCACUGAGCACCUCAUUCUAGUGGCGGUAUUCUUCUUUCCGGUUCUGACUAUUUUCAUGGUCGGGUUAUUAGCGCGCAUCAAACCAGACCCUGAUCUGCGCGUACUGAGCCUGUCGCUGGCCUCGUGCAUCCCGCCCUGUCUCAACCCCAUCGUCUACUCUCUGAAAACUAAAGAGAUCAAGAACAAAGUGCUCACCAUGUUCAGGAGAAUUAAAGGUCAAGUAGUUAACGGUUGA